CACCUAUAUUGCGCGCGACUCCAGUUCAUCAGUGUAAGAGAGUCUCUUUGGGAUAUUGGCUGUUGAAUUAAUUAUGAUGCUGCCAAACGCCAUUGUAAAGAUGAUUCUGUCGUUUUCGCCAUUCAAAAGAAAAAUAUAUUGAGUUAUCAUUAAAUAGACGAACUCUGUCCGAGGACGGCCCGGACCAAUAAAACGAGGCUUGCAUUCAUUCCAAGGAUUCUGUCAUAAUGCAUUGGACUUAAAUAUUCUUGCGCAAUUUACACUAUGCUUCCUGGGUAUAAUUUUUUCUGCAACGAGAAUUCAAAUUAAAUGAAAAAAAGAGUCUGAACACGCGUUAACGUCAGGAAUUACAAAACGUGGUCUUCUAGCAAAACUUUUCUCUGAUUUUUGCCGAUAAUUGUUGCAGUGUCUUCUGGUGCAAUGCCAAAGCAAUGGUGAUUUUUUUACACCAGUGAUCAUGAUGUUAGAACACGAUAUUUUGCCAUGAAAAUUGUUGGAUCAUUAUAGUUUCUUUGUAUGGCCAUUUGAUAUUGCUCUUUACAGUGAAGUGCGUAGAAAUUUAAUUAACCUUGGAAUUAAAUUACUACUAGUGGAAUCAUGAAUAAAUUGGACGGUUUAAUAGAGGUUCUAAGACUUCGGGAUAUAAGAGUUUUCAAAAAAGACGCAGAGGAGAAAUCGUUUGUGAAAUACGAUGAACUUGACGAAGCGUACUCAGAAGAAGAGGACAAGAAGUCUCGUUUCCUUGGUUAUUGUCCAUCGUGCACGUGUUGCCGAUGUCUCGCACAGCGCUACCUGGUGGCGAUACUCAGCUGCGUCGGGUUCCUGAUAUCGUUCGGUAUUCGGUGUAACAUGGGGGUAGCCAUCGUGAUGAUGACCAAAAAUAAUACGUACGACGACGACGAUAAACCUACCCCUGCACCAAUCCUCGUGAAGGAUGGGAACUCUACUUACUAUAACAGAACGGUUCCUACUUUACCACAUCUUCCACAGUUUUUGUGGACACCAGAAACGAUAGGAAUAGUGGACAGUUCGUUUUUCUGGGGAUACAUCGUGACCCAGAUACCUGGAGGUUACCUGGCAUCAAGAGUUCCCGCCAACAGAAUAUUUGGUCUAGCCAUAGGAAUUUCCUCAUUUCUAAACAUCCUAUUGCCUGGGGCCGCACAAGUUCACUAUGGUUUGGUGAUGGCGGUUCGAAUCCUGCAAGGGUUGGUAGAGGGAGUUACUUAUCCCGCCUGUCAUGGUAUUUGGAGACACUGGGCCCCGCCCUUAGAGAGAUCAAGGCUGGCUACAAUAUCCUUCUGUGGUUCCUACGCCGGGGCUGUCCUGGGAAUGCCACUGUCUGGAAUUCUGACCAAAACCCUUGGCUGGCAAUCUGGCUUUUACGUAUUCGGGAUUAUCGGGAUGAUCUGGUGUAUAUUCUGGAUGAUCUUCUCCUUUGAGAAGCCGUCCACUAACCCACACAUCACACAGGAGGAGCGGAUCUUCAUAGAGACAUCUAUCGCCGAGUCAGGGUGCCUUGUGGACAGGGACAUGAAGACUCCAUGGUUUAAGUUCAUCACCUCUAUGCCGGUCUAUGCUAUCAUAGUGGCCAAUUUCUGUCGGAGCUGGACUUUUUACCUGUUGAUUAUUUCACAGCCUAUGUAUUUCUCGGAAGUGUUUCAUUUCAAUGUGUCAAAGAGUGGGGUUUUAUCGGCUCUCCCUCACCUUGUGAUGGCAAUCAUUGUUCCCAUUGGUGGAUUCAUGGCAGACAAACUCAGGCAGCGCCUACUGACGACCACAACUGUCCGCAAGAUCUUCAACUGUGGCGGUUUCGGUUUGGAGGCUUGCUUCCUUCUUGGAGUCGCAAUCACCAGAAACACAACAACCGCCAUUGUUUGCCUGACUCUAGCAGUGGGGUCCAGUGGCUUUGCUAUUUCGGGUUUCAAUGUGAACCACCUGGAUAUAGCCCCCCGCUUCGCCAGCAUCCUGAUGGGUCUCUCCAAUGGGAUCGGUACUCUCUCAGGCAUGCUGUGCCCCGUAGUGACGGAACUUUUGACCAAAAAGGGGACUGCUGAUGAAUGGCAAACAGUUUUCAUCAUCGCAAGUGUAGUUCACUUCCUUGGGAUCAUAUUUUACGGAAUCUUCGCCUCGGGCGAGAAGCAGCCCUGGGCGGAACCGCCGGAAGAAGAUAGGUGGCGCCCGGAAGACACAUUGAAACCAGAGGGUUCUGGGAAAUUGUUUUCUUAUGGUGCUUUCCACGGAUUAGAUAGCCAAGCUGACGACAAAAUGAACAGCGGGGUUAUAUCUAAUGGACAUGUAGGAAAUAGCAGCACCGGGAACGGGGAAUAUGGCGGCUUCGAUAAGAGUGAGGAAUAUUAUAACAAUGGAUACGGAGGGGAUUAUGGAAAGAGAAUGUCGUUUGAUGCGCCAUUAUACAGUACGAAAGAGGAACUAGUACAAGUGCAGUCAAAGGAUAGCUAUUUAAAUGACAAAAGAGAAUUAUAAUAUUUGUGAUAUUAUUAGGUUAAGCGUGUGAACUUGACUCAUUGACUCAUUGUUCAACAACGACCAUGUCGCUAUGAUUAUACUAUGUCAUCUCGUGCACUAGAUCUUUACAUUUUAACGAUGUGAUUGUUAUAGUUUACAGGUAGAUAACACAAUUUCUGUGGUGUAGGUCGUUAUUUAUGUUUAAUUUUCAAUAAUCGUUAGUUAAUUUUUUUCCCCCCUAACAAAUAUGAAAUAUGUAGAUAUUUCAUAUAUUUCUAGUUAAAAGACGUCGUGCAACUAUGAAUCUAUACGAGAUUAUGCAUUGUUAAUAUUAUACUUAAGAUUUCUUUAUAUGUUUUACGGUAAAUUGUACCGUCAAAGUUAUCUCCAAGAUUUUUUCUCUCUGAUAUUAUUGUAUGUAUAUGUAGCAGGAAUAUUUAUACAUUUGUAACUAAUCGGAUUUAAUCUGUUCACAUUAUUAUGUUAAUCGUUGAAUUUAAAUCCCAAAAUUUUACUGAAUUUUAGGAAUGUUAUGCAGUUUAUAAAACAACUUACUAGCACAAAUACAAAUGACACAUGUACACAUGAAUGUAUAAGUUUAUGAUAAGGAACUUUAAAUUAAUAUUAGUUAGAUCAGGCAGUUUCUGUAUUAAACUUAGCAAUUUGUAGGAUCUGAAAAUUAUGCACCUCUAAGAAUUAUAUCAAUAUGUGUAUAGAUAUAGAAUACAUGUAUGUACAAUGAAAAAGUUGUUCAACAUUGGCAAUCAAGAUAAGCUGUGAUGCUUUGUUAGAAAUGGAAAAAUCUUUAAUAACCGUUAGAGAAUAACUGAUAAAAUUCUAAUCAAUGUAAAUGUUUUAAAUAGAAAUAAGAAUGAAGUAUACUAUCAUAAGACAAAACUGGAAUUUCAACAAAUGCCAGAUGAGCGUUUUUGACUUGUACUGUCAACCUAAUGGAUAGGCCGAUUUAUUUUUGUAAAAUAUUUUCUUCAAGGAAAGAGAUACAAUUUGAGAGUUAUUCGUUAAUGAUACGUUACUUUGUUAAUCUUUGUUUACAUAAAAUAGAAUGUGUGGUUAUAUAAUUGUAUGCAGUAAAAUCUUUUGUUUGAUGCAAUAA